AUAAAACACACCCCCCAACAACAUAUCUACCACAACGCCCUACAAAACCCUCAAUGUAGUCACUCACGCUCCAUAAUCAAACCAAACUACCGCCUCCUCCAGCACCUAAUCGAAAAUGGUCGCCCUAAUCCCCAACGACGUCUUCCAAUUCUCCACGCACUCCGCCCUCACCGACCUCACCUCCGGCAAACCCCUCCCCCAGGACCUCUCCUCCCACGGCGACUUCGGCCUCUGCGCCUUCUCCGCCUCGCGCCCGCUCCUCCUCAUCGCCGGGGCCCCCUUCAUCGUCGACGAGGCCUGCAACCUACAUCCCGUGGCCCCCGCCGACGAACGCCUCGCGUUUGCCAUGGUGAGUGUCUUCCGUCCGGACUCCAGCUUGAUGUUCCCGAAUGGAAAACUCACGAGGAAGACGCUCGGGACGGCGUUCGAUGAAGCAAGCAGAAAUUCAAUCUGCCCGUUCUCAUUCCAGGCUUCUUUCACGAGCGUGAAACUUUCCUCCAACGCCACGGGGUCGGAGGAUGGGGUUGUAGCGAGGGAAUUGAAGGACGUGGAGGGCUUUGUGUUUGGCUACGCGGUGCCGGAGUGGAUGAGGGGGAUCUGUGGGCCGAGGGUGUUUUGUUGGUUCGUUGCUUCGGGGGGGAGCGGGGAUGAUGGGAGGCCUGGGGGGAGGGCGGGUGGGUGGGUUGUAGAUUUUGAGGGGACGGGGGAGGUGGAGGUGAGAUAA